GUCGUACUGGCAGGGCCGGACGCACAGGGAGAGCGGUCACCUUCUUCACCGAGGAUGACAAGCCUCUGCUGCGCAGUAUUGCCAAUGUGAUCAAGCAGGCAGGUUGUCCUGUCCCUGACUACAUGGUUGGCUUUAAAAAGAUGCACAGUAAGGUAAAACGUCAGCUCCAGAAGAAACCACCCAAGAGGAGCACCAUCCGUACCACCCCUCACUUUGUACUGAAGAAGGGAGGAGGAGAGAAGAAAGGAGGAAUGGUUGGACAGAGGAAAAGAGACGGACAGGAGAUGAAGGGAGAAAAGGGACAGAAGUCGUCUGUUGGAGUCCAGGGGACAAGGAAGAAGAAGAAGAAGAAGAAAGAAAGGAAGAACUGAAAAGACGGAUGGAGAUGGUCAGAGAUAUAUAUUUACUGUCCUGUGUUCUGGAGAUGGUCAGAGAUAUAUAUUUACUGUCCUGUGUUCUGGAGAUGGUCAGAGAUAUAUAUUUACUGUCCUGUGUUCUGGAGAUGGUCAGAGAUAUAUAUUUACUGUCCUGUGUUCUGGAGAUGGUCAGAGAUAUAUAUAUAUAUACUGUCCUGUGUUCUGGAGAUGGGUAUGAUAAUGCUGUUCUGUGUUCUGUUAUUGCUUAUAUAUACAGAUACGUGUGAUUUGUAUUUCUUGGACAUUUGAAUAAAAACUGUUGAUUUUCA